AGGGAGACACAGUCGAUAGCUCUCUGACUCUGUUCUCCCAACGACAUUUUCUUAGUCUCUAUACUCUCUUCAAUGGCGGCCACCAAUGCCGCUUCCUCUUCUUCUCUGUGCAACAAAAUUUCAAACCUCUCAAUCACUCAUUCGCUCGCACCAAUCCCCACUCGCAUCUCCACCCAUUAUUCCAAAAACCUCACCAAACACCUUACCCUCAACACCCAAUUCCCCAACUUCGCUUCUAUCUCACUACUCUCUUCUCCUCCCCAUUUCCGCCGAUUCUCGUCUGUAUACGAUGGCCUAGAGCUUGAAGACGACACCCCUAGCUCAGAUGAAGAAUGCCUAGAACCAGAAGUUGCUCAAGUAGUCGGAGAAGAAGCAAAAAAGCCCAAAGUAUCAGGCUCUGGUGGCAGUGCUGGAAGACUUUAUGUGGGAAGUUUGCCUUAUUUUAUAAAUUCUACACAAUUAGCUGAGGUUUUUGCUGAGGCUGGUAACGUUAUUUCUGUUGAGGUGAUACAUGAUAAAGUUACAGAUAAGAGCAGGGGAUUUGGGUUUGUUACAAUGGAGACCUUUGAGGAAGCUAAGGAGGCUAUUCGAAAGUUCGAUGGUUCUCAAGUUGCAGGCAGAACUAUUAAGGUAAAUUUCCCAGAAGUGCCAAGAGGAGGAGAAAAGGAACUAAUGGGGCCAAAGAUACGGGAGAUCAACAGGAACUUUGUGGAUAGUCCUCACAAAAUUUAUGCAGGAAACCUUGGUUGGGCUCUAACUUCUCAGGCUCUUAAAAGUGCUUUUGCUACGCAGCCAGGCGUGCUGAGCGCCAAGGUCAUUUAUGAGAGGGACACCGGAAGAUCUCGAGGGUUCGGAUUCGUCACCUUUGAAACGGCCGAGGCCGCGCAAUCUGCUUUAACUGCCAUGAAUGGAAUGGAGGUAGAAGGAAGGCCAUUGAGAUUAAACAUAGCCACUGACAGAGGAGCUGCUCAGGCUUCUCCUCCAUCACCAGUUGUAACAGAAGUUGUUGAUAAUGAUGAGUUGUUUGCUGGCGUUAAUUCAUAAGUAAUUAUUCUGGAAUUUUUUUCUUCUUCUUCUUCUUUUUGUCCCUUUUGAUGAGUCCCCAAAUCCCAGCUCUUAAUAAUUUUUUACAAUUUGCAAGCAUUUUUUUAGGGAAUAAAUAAAAGCUUAUUGAGCUUGUUCUGUU